AUAUUUAUAUGGUAUGAUAACAGUUGCUACCUUUAUACUGGCCUUUCUUCAAAUCUCUACAAUGCAACUGGCCUGUGAGAGACAAGUGUAUAAGAUUAGGUUAGCUUACUAUCGAGCUGUUCUUCACCAGGACAUUGGAUGGUUUGAUCUUAAUGCCAGUGGGGAAUUAACUUCAAGACUUAAUGAUGAUGUUGAUAAGAUUCAUGAUGGUAUUGGUGAUAAGCUCACCAUCCUUGUUCAAUGGGUCACAACAUUCUUUGCUGGUUUCGUCAUUGGAUUCAUAAGAGGAUGGGAACUCACUCUAGUAUUAAUCGCCAUUACUCCCUUUAUGGUAAUGGGAGCAGCUGUAUUCUCUAAGGUUGCUGCUUCAUUUACAAGUCAAGAGCAGAAGUUAUAUGCUGGUGCAGGUGCUAUUGCUGAAGAGGUCCUAUCAUCAGUUAGAACUGUAGUAGCCUUUGGAGGAGAGUAUAAAGAAGUGGACAGGUACAAGGUGAAGUUAGCUGAUGCUAGUAAGUUAGGAGCAAAGAAAGGAGCAUCAGUUGGUACCAGUCUUGCUCUUGUCUUUUUUUUCAUAUUCUUUUCUUAUGCUCUUGCUUUCUGGUUUGGUGGGUACCUCAUAUCUAUUGAGAGGAUUUUUGCUGGUGACAUGUUGGCUGUCUUUUUUGCUGUUCUCAUCGGAGCAUUCUCCUUAGGUCAGGCCGGACCUAAUGCUGAAGGAUUGAUAGUAGCAGCUGGAGCUGCUGGUGAAGUAUUUGAUACCAUUGACAGAGAACCUCCUUUCGAUUCUGAUUCAGAUGAAGGACUCAAACCUGAUGAUUUCAAGCCAUCCAUUACAUUAAAGACUUACGACCAUUUUAAAGAGGAAGAAUGGGAUAAGGAUAUUCCUGAUGUGUCAUUGAUGCGUGUUAUGAAAGCUAAUGCUCCUGAAUGGUGGCUCAUUGGUCUUGGAUUAAUUGGUUCUCUAUUCCUCGGAGCUAUGAAUCCUCUUUUUGCCGUCUUCUUUGGUGAAAUUAUUGAAGUAUUUGCUAGACCAGCUUCUGAGGUACUGGAUGGACUCCAUUUGUGGGCGGGGCUUUUCCUUGCUCUUGGUUUUGCUGCAGCAGCUGGAACUUUUCUAAAAUCAUUUUGUUUUACGGUUGCCGGUGAGAACCUUACUGCUAGAUUGAGGGAGUGGUCAUUCAGAGCUAUCCUUCGUCAGGAAAUCGGCUGGUUUGAUAAUGAAAGGAACUCGUCCGGUAUCCUAGCAACCAGACUGGCACAAGAUGCCUCUAGAGUACAAGGGGCUACUGGAUCAAGAUUGGGUACUCUUAUUGAAACUUUCGUUGGUAUGGUUGCUUCAAUAAUAAUAGCAUUUGUGUACUCCUGGAUGCUGACACUGGUGUUGAUUGGUUUUGUCCCAGUGUUUAUUAUUUCUGGGAUCCUUGAGGUCAAGGCUCUUACUGGUCAUGCUGGUGAUAAUAAGAAAGCACUUGAGCAAGCAGGAAAGAUUGCAGUUGAUACUAUUGAGAACAUGAGGACUGUAGCUUCACUUGGAGUCGAGAUCAAGUUCUAUACUGCAUACAACAUUGAAAUCAAAGGUCCAUACAAGAAGAAUCUUGUGAACUCUUUUGUCUAUGGUCUUACUUAUGGGUUCUCUCAAAGCGUCAUAUAUUUGGGUUUCAUACUCACCUUUGGUUUCGGUGCCUAUCAAGUGACACGCCCACCAGGCCACAUUGCACACGAGUCCUUCUCUGACCUACUGACAGUUCUAAUGGCUGUCAUCUUUGGUGCUGUAGGUGCAGGGCAGGCCUCUUCCUUUGCUCCUAAUUACACUAAAGCUAAGCAAUCAGCUAACAGGAUAUUUGCACUGUUAGACAGAGAACCAGUGGUUGAUGGAUACUCCGAAGAUGGACUCAAACCAGUU